UUAAAGUCAACGUUAAAAUAUCCGCCGUCGUGCGGCUGUUAUCUCUAUGUCGUUGAAGUGUUAUCUAUCGCUUCAACUUAGGUCACUGUUUAACAACUCCAUACAGAUCACAAUAUUUGCACUCUAGUUUUAAAAUUUAUUAAAACAAGGAAUACGUGUCUAAAUUGACGAGCGGUGUACAGUUUUGCAAAAUGCCAUAACUGGAGGCCUAUCGUGGUUAAAAGGAAGGAGGAGUGCUUCAAAAACUAGCUUUUAGUGAAUUGGCACAUUUGUACCUCUAAAUAAUAGAAAUCUCGAGGCACUUAAGAGAAGAAGAGCUGUCAAAUUGAGAACACUAAUGCGUUGUCUAAUAGAAAAGACGAGGUAAAUUAUUUUCAAUUUAAUGUGAUUUAAAUAGAAAACUCUAGGCUAUUGUGGCUGAAAUGAACUUCGUGAAAUUCUCCUCGAAGGUUUUGCAUUUAAUGGCUGAAAAGACUUUUCAAUAAUAAAUAAGCUUGAAAUGGAGUUUAAAAGCAAAAUUCAACUAUGUUUUAACAAACGGACAGCGGCGUUGAAGCAGGGAAAUAUUUUAGUAUUGCGUUAGUACUGUGUUUUAGAUAGAGUAUAGUGCGUGCGGUGAAAUAUUCAUUCAAUAUGGGCUUUAACAAAAUGCAGAAACAGUUUAUUUUCCUGAUAGGGAUAUUUGUAUUUUUAACACUCCUAUUGAAUAUAAUACCGCUUUACCAUGAGAACAAAUUAUUGAAUUCUGUGUCAGUGCCAUUCAAUGUAGUGCGGCAAAAUCAGACGUAUUUAACUAGAAGUGUUGUAAAGAAAGCGAGAAGAGACAUUUGGAAAAUAAUUCCAGGACAGGACAGUAUUGUUGAACAAGUGGCUUUUAAUCCAAAAAUUAAUCCAGACCUGCCGCCAAAGAAGAUUUUAAUGUGGAAUGGAGUUUCAGGAUGGGGGCAAAAAGAAGGGAAAGCGUCGUUUCAUGAACAUAAUUGUAAUGUGAAAAACUGCGAAUUUGUGAGUUCUCCGAAACCAAAUGAAAUCUAUGAUGCGAGGAUGUUUAAAGAAAUUGAUCUUAAUAGCCUCAUGGUUACAAACAUGUUUCAGGACACUGUUCGAACUCCGGAGCAAGUUUGGAUUAUGUUCGCACUGGAAAGUCCCGAGGCGUCUCCAAACUACGAAGGAUUAAAUAAUGUUAUUAACUGGACCGCCACCUACAGACAUCAGUCAACAAUAGUGACCCCAUACGAUAAAUGGGUGCCGUUUGAUAAUGCUUCUACUGUUCUUGCUCACACAAAGCUAAAAGACUAUGCAAAAGGCAAAACAAAACUUGGAGCUAUUUUUGUUUCUAAUUGUGAUGCAUCAAAUAAUAGAUUGCAAUAUCUAAGGGAACUGAAGAAGUAUAUGACUGUGGAUAUAUACGGUUACUGUGGUGACAAGGAAUGUACUAAAACGUCACAAAAUUCGUGUUUUGAAAUGCUUAAAAAAGAUUAUAAAUUCUAUUUUGCAUUUGAAAAUGCAAAUUGCAGAGACUACAUAACAGAAAAGUUCUUCAUGAAUGCACUUCGUCAUGAUGUACUUCCGGUGGUGAUGGGAGCGCAUCCUGACGAUUAUAAACGCGUGGCUCCCCCUGGAUCGUUUAUACAUGUAGAAGAUUUCAAAGGUCCCGAAGAACUUGCAAACUAUUUAUUGAAGCUGGCAGCAGACGAUACCGAGUACAAUAAAUACUUCAGGUGGAAAGAAACUGGGUCAUUUAUUGAUACCAAAUUUUGGUGCCGUAUUUGCUCAAUGCUUUGGGAUCCAAAUCGACCAAGACUUUCAGUUUCUAAUUUAAAUGAGUGGUGGAGAGGAGAGGGUACGUGCAUUGGAUCCAGGAGAUGGGACAGUAUUGUUAACACGUAAUGUUGGACAUCCACCUUCAUUAGGUGUUCGUCAAUAAAAGCAAAUGUAAAGUGCUCAUCUAAUAAGUGUUGAACUAGUGUUAAAUAAAGAACUA